AUUCAUCAGUUGACCGGCGUGGAUUGAUAUUCGUUGUGGAGUUCUCUGUCACCAGUAAACAAACACAAACAGGAUGGCACAAAAACCUAAGUACAAAGUUGCCGACAUGAGCCUGGCGGAGUUCGGCCGCAAGGAGAUCGAGCUGGCGGAGCACGAGAUGCCGGGACUGAUGAAGAUGCGGCGGCAGUACGGCACAACGAAGCCGCUGAAGGGAGCGAGGAUCGCUGGCUGCCUGCACAUGACCAUCCAGACAGCCGUGCUCAUCGAAACCCUGCGCGAGCUCGGAGCCGAGGUUCAGUGGUCCAGCUGCAACAUCUUCUCCACACAGGACCACGCUGCUGCCGCCAUCGCUAAGACGGGUGUCGCCGUCUACGCGUGGAAGGGGGAGACAGACGAGGAGUACAUGUGGUGCAUUGAGCAGACGCUGGUGUGGCCGGACGGUAAGCCGCUGAACAUGAUCCUGGAUGACGGAGGGGACCUCACCGGUCUCGUGCACACAAAGUUCUCACAAUUCCUCCCAGGAAUUCGUGGGAUCUCGGAGGAGACGACAACAGGUGUGCACAAUCUGAACAAGAUGCUGAAGCAGGGGACCCUGAAGGUACCAUGCAUCAACGUCAACGACUCUGUCACCAAGAGCAAGUUCGACAACCUGUACGGCUGCCGCGAGUCUCUCUGUGACGGCAUCAAGCGAGCGACAGACGUCAUGCUCGCCGGCAAGGUGGCGCUAGUGGCCGGGUACGGCGACGUCGGCAAGGGCUGCUGCAUGUCGCUGCGAGGGUUCGGAUGCCGCGUGAUCGUCGCCGAGAUCGACCCGAUCAACGCACUGCAGGCCGCCAUGGAAGGUUACGAGGUGACGACGAUGGAGGCUGCGGUGGAGCGCUGCAACCUGUUCAUCACGGCGACGGGCUGCAUGAGCAUCAUCAGCGGCAAGGACUUCAUGCGCAUGAAGGAAGACGCGAUCGUAUGCAACAUCGGACACUUCGACACCGAGAUUGACGUCGCCUGGAUCAACGAGAACGCAGCCGAGAAGAUCCAGAUCAAGCCGCAGGUGCGCCGCGCGAGAACCUGUGCUGGCGAUGGGUCAUUCCGCUUUUGUGAUGAGACUGCUUCAGGCAACCAGGUACUGGCACAGAUUGAGUUGUGGUGCAACCAAAAGAAGUACAACCUCGGGAAGUCACCUGUCCUAGAGAGGCUGGAUGAGGAGGUGGCGGAGUCUCAUCUGGAUGCUCUUGACGUUAAAUUGACGAAGCUCACCCCGGCCCAAGCCGAUUACCUGGGCAUUCCUAUCGAUGGACCUUACAAGCCAGAGAUCUACAGAUACUAAGCCACUGCAAUACGUCGUUAGACUGUCCAGUCUUCAUUCUUGGGUUACUCAAUGCGAGGCACAAUGUUUAAAAAAAUGUUGAAGUGUGACACUUAAAAAACUUGUUGUUACUUUCAAUUAAAUGGGUUUAAUUGAAUGAGAAAUAACCAAAAUCUUGAUUAUCUUUUUAAUAAUAUUGAGCACUAAAAAAUCAUACACCACCUAAAAUAAAUGAUAGACUGCCUAAAAAUGUCUGAGAAAAUAUUGCUCAUGUCAUCUGAUAGAAGCUAGCUGUUAUCUGAUAGCUGUUGCUUAUGUGAUCUGGUAUGAAGGGAGAAUUGAUGUGUCUAUAGGUGGCCACAUUCAUAUGUAGUUUGCACCCGUCGUGUCUGAUCAGAGCUGUGUUUACAGUGAAGGAAACUAUAGCAGUGAUUACUUUCCCAGUUAUCAUGUCCAAGUCACAGCAGAUAACCAAAAGUCAAUAGCAGAUUGCUCAGAACGUCAUUUUAAGCGAGCAUAGGUUACAGCCGGAAUUCGAACAUGUAAAUGAAUCAUAAAAUGGCACUUGUUCGUUAGUGCUCAGCCUUCUUUCUGGAGAGUUAACGAUGUAGUAAAAUGCUGUUCCCACGAGAAAUUGGCUAUAAAACUGUAAAACAUUCCAACUUUUUAUAUGGUCUUGACAGUUAUUUUGUGAUCUGGUGAAACUCAGAAAUAAAUUUCUGGAUUCUCAA